CACCGAAAGCGGCAGAGAGAAAUCCUCCCCACAGAAUCCAAUGGAAGAAACCAGAUGGGAGCAAAGAAUCCAUGCCCUUACUCACAUCAUGGUUCACCCCACAACCACGCCUUCCCUCCAUUCCCAACUCCUCGUGUCCACCCAAAUUCCGUGCUACCUCAGCUGGGACUUCCCACCAUUCCUCUGCAACAAAGACACAGCAGCAAGAAGCGGAACACCUUUCAUUCCUCUCCUCCUUCAAUGGGGCAUCUCCCUCUUCUUCAAAAGGGUCUCCAGAUUCUGCCUUCCCGAGACCUCCUGGCGCUGCAAGUGCCCAUUUCAGCAGCCCCCUCCUUUGAUCCUCGCCGCCGGCGUUGAGCCAGCCCCGCCACAGUGGAGCAAAGAGCAGAGGAGGGAGUAUUACAGGAAGAGGUUGAGAAGGAAACGUCUCGUAAGCGAUGUUCCGCCGUUGAUUCCGUUCAUCGUCCCAAAUAUGUUGCUGUUCCUGCUGCUUCUGUGGAAUCCCUUGUCGCUUCGGGCGCGCCAGUGAUGAUGAGAGUUUGAAUUUUCUGUUUUUGUGGAUAUGGUGUUGAUGGUAUUAUGGUAGAGGAUGCAUUUGAGUUGAAUUGUCAAUGGGCGGUGUGAUUUUGAUGUUAUGUUGUGAUUUGGGCAUGUGGGCAGUUUGAAUUUUGCACUGAAACAGAAGUAGAAUGAAUUGAUUCUUUUAUGUUUGA